GAAGCCCCUAGCAUCACAGUUACUAAGUUAGAAACAAACGUCGUCGGAUAUAUAUAACACAGAGAAGCGCCGUUUUGUAAAACCCUAAUUCCUCACACUCUCCUUCGCUUCUCUCAUCCAACUCCUCUCUUUCUCCUCCCCAAUGGAACAUCCUUCGGAGCCGCCGACUACCGGCGCCGGUGCCGGUGAAACCAUAAGCAAGAAUGCACUGAAGAGGGAACUGAAGAACAAGCAGAAAGAAGAAGAAAGGAAACGCAAGGAGGAGGAGAAGGCCAAAAAGGCAGCUGAAAUGCAAAAGGCUAAAGAUAACAAAUCUGCAACUGCCGAUGAUGAAGAUAUGGACCCAACGCAAUACCUUGAGAACAGGCUUAAGUAUCUUGCAGCUCAAAAGGCGGAAGGGAAUAAUCCGUAUCCGCACAAGUUCUAUAUCACUAUGUCUAUUGAUCAAUACAUCAAAGAGUAUGGAGGUUUAAGGGAUGGGCAGCACCUGGAUGAUGUCUCUGUCUCCUUGGCUGGCCGAAUCAUGCACAAGCGUGCAUCUGGUUCUAAGCUUGUCUUUUAUGAUCUGCAUGGUGGAGGUUUCAAGGUUCAGGUUAUGGCUGAUGCCAGUAAGUCAGACUUGGAUGAAGCUGAGUUUUCCAAAUUCCAUUCUAAUGUGAAGCGUGGUGAUAUUGUUGGUAUCACUGGGUUUCCAGGCAAAAGUAAGAAGGGUGAGCUUAGUAUUUUCCCCAAGACUUUUGUGGUGCUGUCUCAUUGUCUGCAUAUGAUGCCAAGGCAAAAGUCUGCGGCUGCUGCUGAUAAUGCUAAUUUGAAGAGAAAUCCAUGGGUACCAGGAAGUACCAGGAAUCCUGAAAUGUACAUUUUAAAAGAUCAGGAAACAAGAUAUCGGUUACGCCAUUUGGAUUUGAUGAUUAAUCCAGAGGUUCGAGAAAUAUUUAAGACAAGGUCUAAAAUCAUUUCUUACAUUAGGAGGUUCCUUGAUGACCUUGAUUUCUUGGAGGUCGAAACACCUAUGAUGAACAUGAUUGCAGGUGGAGCUGCUGCACGUCCAUUUGUAACCCAUCACAAUGAUCUUAACAUGAGGUUAUUCAUGAGAAUUGCUCCAGAACUCUAUCUUAAGGAGUUGGUUGUUGGUGGGCUGGAUCGUGUUUAUGAAAUUGGUAAACAAUUCAGGAAUGAGGGCAUUGAUUUGACCCAUAAUCCUGAGUUUACUACCUGUGAGUUCUAUAUGGCUUAUAAGGACUACAAUGACUUAAUGGAAAUAACAGAACAAAUGCUGAGUGGUAUGGUCAAGGAACUUACAAAAGGCAGCUACAAAAUCAAGUAUCAUGCUGAUGGGAUUGAUAAGGAUCCUAUUGAAAUUGACUUUACUCCUCCUUUCAGAAGGCUUGACAUGAUUGAUGAGUUAGAGAAGUUGGCAGGCCUCAGUAUUCCCAAAGACUUGUCAAGUGAGGAAGCUAAUCAAUAUCUGAAGGAUGCAUGCUUGAAGUAUGACAUCAAAUGUCCUCCCCCAGAAACAACUGCUCGAUUGUUGGAUAAACUUGUGGGGCACUUUUUGGAAGAAACGUGUGUAAAUCCUACAUUCAUUAUAAACCAUCCUGAGAUAAUGAGUCCUUUAGCAAAGUGGCACAGAUCAAAACCAGGCCUGACUGAACGUUUUGAAUUAUUUGUUAAUAAACGUGAACUUUGCAAUGCAUAUACUGAAUUGAACGACCCUGUAGUGCAGCGCCAGAGAUUUGCUGAACAACUCAAGGAUCGGCAAUCAGGUGAUGAUGAAGCAAUGGCCUUAGAUGAAACAUUUUGUACAGCUUUGGAGUAUGGCUUGCCGCCUACUGGUGGUUGGGGUUUGGGUAUUGAUCGGUUGACCAUGUUACUGACUGAUUCACAGAAUAUUAAGGAGGUUCUUCUCUUCCCUGCUAUGAAACCUCAAGAUUGAGUCACCUGAAGUUGUGUUUAAAUCUCAUCUCAGUAAAAUAAUCAUACACAGGAGCAUGAGAAAUGCAAGAUGACCUUGAUCGGAACUCAGUUUUGAUUUGUGUAUUUGAUUAGUAGACUUGGCAUCGACUGGUCGUACCUCAUCUACAAUUUGAUCUAUCAUUCAAGGGCUGUUCGGGAGGGAUGUUAUUCUAUUGUUUAUCUUUUGGUGAUUGGAUUGAUAUAUCAGCUUAUUUAUUUAUUGUAUAUUUGAGAUAAUUUUUGGUCCAAAUUUCAGAAAACAGUUGACAAGUAAAUGUCCUCCACCAAAGCCGAUAUUGUCUAGUUCACAAUCUAAGACUUGUAAAGCCCGUGUUAAUCUAACCCCGAACAAAGCCUGUGAACACUGGCGUUGAAUUAAAAUUAAAACGUAAAUCAGGUAUUUGAUAUGGAGGAUUACACCAACCUUGUCUCUUUGCUACAUUGAGACCCGGUAAUGUUCAUUAGCUUAAAGCAGACAUUAUUUGACGUAGAUCAUGUAAGUUCUUGAGAAUGAAAAAACUUCAAUCCUGGUUCGUGUGCGCGCCUUUUGCCCAUCAUUUGAGGGGUUUAAUUUUAAUUCAAUGACGUGUUUGUGUACGC